AUGACUGCCCUUCUGGCUUUGAUUUUCCUCACAACGGGAAUCAUUUCGACAUUGGCCCAUCCAGCUUCGUCACUCGAGAAAAGAGAUGAUAUUUCCGUUUAUUUCUCCCCAAUGUUCGCUUCCGGAAUGUGUUUAACUUGGGAUCCAUUCAUCCAUUUAACACCAUGUGCCGCUAAGGAUACUCAGCAAUGGAGUUAUAAUCCAUUGGUGGGCCAAGAAUCAACAUUGUAUAUUCAAAAUAAGACAUGUGGUAUAGGAGCUUGCAAUCAUGAAUAUUGUCUUAGUUGUGAAAUUGACACUUUGACAGCUUCUGGGAACGAUAACACAUUUCUAUGGUACUGGACACGAGACAGUCGACUUCAAUGGGCUGACACUCCCGCUUAUUGUCUCAGUGUCGUAGGUAAUACUCAAGCUUUGACCAUGAAUAAUUGUACCGAUGCUACAGCGUGGGCAUUUGGUGUUACCUCAACCUUUUCUUCAUUGGCUACAGGUAAACCAAAAUAUAACGUAUUUGCGAAUACCAACAAAGGUACAAGGGUUCACGGAUUAGGAAGAGCAGAUUUAUGUUUGACAGCAUCUGCUCUUCCUGGUGAUUUCUUAUCGAAUUCACCUAUGGUCCUUGCUCCAUGCGUUUCCGAUAAUUCCCUCAUGGCUAAAUACGCUCUUUUCAACCUUACUCUUCCAUCUGAUUAUCCAACUUCCACUUAUACUGGCCCACUCACAUUUUCAAUACCUGAUAAAGCCGGAGCGACGUAUUGUGUGGAUGUGGGUAAUAAUCCUGUUAUGGGUACCCAAUUAAUGACAUCUUGGCAAUGUUCAGGAGGACCUUCACAGACUUUUGUUUUGGAUGAAAAAUCUCUCAAGAUGUCUGGUACCGAUUGGUGUGCUCAAGUUAUCGGUUCAGGUCAACUCCCAGGCGACGAAAAAGAUUUCAAUCCGAUGUACAACGUAGUGUUGAAUCAAUGUGAUCCGUCCAACCCGGCCCAAAACUUUUGGAUCAAGGCACAUUGA